AUGAAUAUUUUUUGCUAUUCCAUUUUUUACUUGAUUUUAUUUUAUUUUUUAAUAAACAUUUUACAUACAAAAAAGUUAAAAACAUAUAGUACAAAUAUAUUUCAUUAUGAUAUUAAAAUAAAUAAAUAUAAAAAAUUAUUUAUUUUGAAGAAUGGUAAAUUCUUAAAAAAAAAAAAAUAUAAAAGAAUAUAUUCUGAAAAAAUAAAAGAUAUAAACUCAUUAAUAGGUGCACAUGUAAAAAUUAAUAAUGGGAUGUUUAAAGGUUGUAAUGGUAUAAUACUAGAUUUAAAAAAAACAGAAAAAAGUGAUUAUGAAACUCUAGUUGUAAUAAAUAAAGAAGAAUCUAUAAAAUAUCCUAAAGAAAUUUUAAAUAAGUUAGGGAAAAGUUAUUGGAUGAAUAUUAAAGAUAUUGAAAUUAAGAAAUUGAAAAAUCUAUUUUUUCAUAAUUAUGAUAAUUUUUAUGAUAAAAAAGAAAAAAAAAUUAAUAAUGAAAUUAAAAAUUUUAAUAAUAUUAAAGAAAAUUUUGUUGAUGUAGAUGAAAAUUUUAUAACCAAAAAUUUAAGUGAGUUGAAAUAUGAAAAUUCUUCUGAUGACAUUUUUGAUAUUAAUGAUGAAUAUUCUGAGUUCAAUAAAGAGAGUAUUGAAGAAAAAUAUGAUGAAACUAUAAAUAAAGGUGUUACUGAAGUAAAUAUAAAAAAUUCAAAUAUAAAUUAUGAUGAAAAUGAUUUAUACAAGCUUCAAGAAAAAAAAAAGAAAGAUAAGGAAUAUAAUUAUGAUUCUUAUUCUGAUUUAAUAAGUUUAAAAGAAAAUUAUUUAAAGGAAAAAAAAAAUGUGUGUAAUUCUUUUUGCCAUAAUAUUAUAAAAGAGAUUGAAAAAAAUUAUAUUUAUAAAGAUUUAUUAAAUUUAUAUAAAAAUAAAAGACAUUUAUCAAAUAUUGUUGUAUGCUUUUACAUACUGAAACAGUUUGUCAGAAUUUAUAAUUUUGUAAAAAAUGAAGAUGCUUCAAAAAAUAAUUUUUUAAAUAAAGUUAUUAAUGAUAAUAACUUUGAAAGUAUAUUAAUAGAUAUAAAAUUUUUCUUAGAGAAAAAAAAAAUUUAUAGAGUUAUUGAUAAAACUUGGUUAUUGUGGCUAUUAGUUAAAUUGAACAUUCAUAAUGAAGAAAAAUAUAAAAAAAUUUUUGAAAGUAUUUUAUGCUAUCUUGUUGAAUAUAUUAAUUAUGAUAUUUUAAGAAAAUUGAAUACAAAAAGUUUGAGUGCUUUAAUGUGGAGUUUAGCAAAAUGUUCUUAUAAAAAUUUGAAAAUUUAUAAAAAAAUUUUGUAUUUCAUAAAAAAGUAUAUUACUAUUUUAAGUUGUCAAGAUAUUUCAAAUAUAUAUUAUUCCUUAUCAUUAUUAAAUUAUAAUGAAGAAAAUUUUUAUGAACUAAUUGAAAAUGAAAUAAAUAAAAAUAUUAACAAGUUUACUUUACAAAGUUUGAUAAAUAUGUUUUGGGGUAUGACAAAAUUGAAAAGAAAAAAUUCAACUUUUAAUAUUAUUAAAGAUAAAUUAUUAUUUUAUUCUAGUAAUUUAGAUAUAAGAGAUGUCAGUUUAUUUUUAUGGUGUUUAAAUAAGAAUCAAUAUUACAAAGUAGAUAUAAAUUUUAAAGGUCAAAUAUUCCAGAAUUUAAAUAUAAAACAAGCUAUUCAAUUAUUAAUUUUUUUUAAUUACAAUAAAAAAAAAUAUAUAGAAUACUUAAAAUAUGUUUUGAAUUUUUUAUUUGAGAAUAUUAAUAAUUUAACCAAUCAAGAAAUAUGUUUCUUUAUUUAUUCAUUAUCAAAAUUAAAUUUAUUAAAAAAAAGUUUUUUUAAAAUAAAAAAUAAUAUAUUAAAAAGGGAUCCUAAUACUUUAAAUCUUGCUGAUAUAAAUAUGCUAAUUUUUUCAUUAAAUAAUAGUAACCUUUAUGAUAAAACUAUAAUAAAUUAUUUAUUUAAUUCACUCAAAAAUAUAUUAAAUCAUAAUAUUAAAAGUACUCUAAAUAAUAUACAUAAUAAUGGGAUAAUGAAGGAAAAAAGGGAUUAUAAAAACUUGAAUAACAUAAUAAAAAAUUUAGCUGAAAUGAAAAUAUUUGAUCAGAAUAUUAUUUUAAAAUAUGUAGUAUAUUUUUCAUUGAAUGCAUCAAAUAAUUAUAUAGAUGAACUUAUUGAUUACUUAUUUUAUACAACUUCUUUUUAUUAUCCAAAUGAUAAUAAUAAUAAUUAUAAUGAAAAAGAAAUAAAUGAAAAAUAUUUUAAAUAUGAAGGAAAUAUAAAUUCAGAAGAUACUAAUGUAGAUUUAAUAAUCAAGAAUAAUGAAAUUAAACUAGAAGAAGAAAAAUUUAAAAAGAUUUAUUUAUAUUAUUUAAAUAAAAUUAUUUUAUUUUUACAAGAUAUACUUGAUAAUUUUAACGCGGAAUCAUUUCUUGAAGAAAUAGAAUAUGAUAAUUUUAAAAAUAAGGAUAAUUUCAUAAAAGAUUCAAUGAAAAAAAAUGACACUUUUAAAUUUAAUUACCAUUCGGAAAAAGAUGAAGAUAUUAAAAAAUUAAAUGAGUUAAUUUUAGAUAAAAAAGAUAAUAAGAUAGAUAAUUUAGAAAAUUUAAUUUCAGACAAAGAAUAUUCUUCCUUUAUAAAUGAGAAAGAAGAAAAGAAAAGUAACUCAAAAGUGAUGUGUAAAUCACUUAAUUCAUUAAUACAUUUAUAUUAUUCAUUUUCACUCACAAAUUCUUUUGAUAAAAACAAAAUUGAUUUUUAUUUUGAUAAUUUAUAUUAUGUUGUGAAUAAUAAGAGAAAUGAAAUUACAGCAUAUCAAUGGUUAUUGAUAAAAGAUAUCGUAAAUAUUAUGAAAAUAGAUAAAAAAGAAUGGGUAACACUUUUAGACAAAGUAAACACAUAUGUGAAUAAUAAUGAAGAAGGAAGUGAACAAUUUGAGACAAUAAAUAUAGAUAUUUAA